AUGACAGCCUUCUAUUGCCUCCAAGACAACAUUUCAAACAAAAAAUACGAGCUCGAAUACAUCUUGACCCAUGAACGGCGAUACUGGUAUCUCCCAGAAGGAGGACUUGCACCCGAGGUCUGUGACCCUCAGGAAGGAGCAGCAGCGCAGCGAUGGGAAGAGCAUGGUAACCGGACCUGGGUAGGAGGCCCAGCCUUCGAAGCUCAUACGGCUCGCUCGCAUAUGGAUCGAGAUGGAGAUGUUAAACGCGUGGAUAUGGAACCGGAGUUUAACGUUGAUCCGUAUACGAUCAACUCGCGGGACACGAUUGGGGGAGAGGUUGAUAUUGUGGUUACGGGCGUCGAAAGAGCGAGAUAUGCCGAGCAAGGAGUUGAUGGAGUUUUUGAGGGUGUGGAAUAUGAUACACCGAGGGUAAGUGGUGAUGAGGCUGUGGAUGACACGGGGGCCGAAGAGGAUAAACUGAAUAUUAUCGUCGUCUCCUAUGAUGGUGAUAUUGAUCCGAUGGAUCCGCAUAACUGGUCGUUUGUUCGACGGUUUGCAUGUACGACGUUGGUUUCUUUGCUCGGGGCGCUGGCAUUCUCCACACCACCUUCGAGGUUCAAUCUCUCCCAACGGGUAAGCCAAGCUGCCUCUAAACAAGUUGUGAAUACAAGACUGACAAGGCUGGCUCUAGCCUUCUUUUUGAUUCUUUUGGGAUUCGGCGGCAUGUUGACUGGGCCUCUCUCCGAAGUCGGCCGGAAUCCCGUCUAUAUCGUCUGUCUGACGCUGUUUAUCAUCUUGGACUCGGUUGCAGCCAUAGCCCAAAACCUGCCCCAGCGGAUCAUAUGCCGGGGUUUGACUGGGCUCUUUGCUUCCGGUCCGCUGGUAUGCUCAGCAGCGACUCUCGUCGAUCUCUGGGCCCUGGUUGAGCGGGUCUACACGGUGCCUUACUAUGCCAUGAUGCUAAAGCUUGCUGCAACGGUGGCUCCAGUACCUGGCUCAUUUAUCGUCCAGUCUAAUUCAGUCAGUUGGCGCUGGGUAGUCUGGACAACUAACAUCUUCGCAGGACUUCUGUUAGCCCUUGUGGUCCUCUUCCUCCCUGAAACCUACAGUCCGACUUUACUCCAAUGGAAGGCCCAGCAGCUUCGUCGUCUAACGGAUGAUAGCCGCUUCCGAGCACCACUGGAGUUCAAGAAAGUUGCUCUCCGACGACGUCUUCGCAACGCACUAUCCCGGCCGAUCAAGUUCUUCUGGAAGAGCCUAUCGUCGUGGUAUUUGCCCUGCUUCGCCUUGGACUUUGAGGAUAACUAUGGGCUCAACAAAGGCGAAACGGGUCUGUGUUUUCUAGCAGUCGCCACGGGAGUCGUGCUUGCCAACAUUCUCGUCCCACUCCAAAUGAGAGAUAUUCGCCACGCUCGCCGACACCGCCUAAGACGACCCGAGCCCGAGUGUAACCUGUACACGGGCAUGUUCGCAGCACCGAUUAUCCCACUAUCACUGCUUUGGAUGGGCUGGACAGCUCGUCCCUCAAUUUCGAUAUGGUGUCCCCUGACGGCGGCGCUGUUCUUUGGCUUUGGCAUUCUUGGAGCCGUCAUCGCCUCGUAUCAGUAUAUCACAGCAACAUUUGAAUAUCACACUGCCAGUGCGCUGGCCACAAUCCAGGCAACACGGUCAACGACUGCUGGUGGAUCUCAGGGAAAGUUGGACGUUGACCUUGUUGGCGGGGAUCGCGACGAUAUUUCUGCCGUUGCCUUACUUGCUCUUUAA